AGUGUUGAAAACAGCUUUAAUAACAGAGAAAGUCUGAGAUCUCCUUAUCUACCAGCUCCUGUUACUCACAGAAGAGAUUGCAUGUCAGCGGCAGUGAAGCGUUACAGAUAUCUUCGCAGACUCUUCAAGUUCCAGCAAAUGGACUUUGAGUUUGCAUUUUGGCAAAUGACAUAUUUAUUUAUUGCACCACAAAAAGUCUACAGAAAUUUCAAUUAUAGAAAAGAAACAAAGUCCCAGUUUGCUCGAGAUGAUCCAGCGUUUCUAGUCUUGCUCAGUUUUUGGCUGUGCUUUGCAUCCAUAGCAUUCACUUUCAUACUAAAUUUGAGUAUAUGGGCGUUCUUCAAAUUUUUAGUGUAUCUAAUCUUUGUCGACUGCAUUGGAUUUGGCAUCAUUGUUGCUACCAUAUUGUGGUAUAUUAGCAACCAUUACUUUCUGAAGCCAGCAUAUCAAGGGCAAGAUGUAGAGUGGGGUUACGCUUUUGAUGUCCAUCUCAAUGCUUUCUUCCCAUCACUCAUCAUAUUACAUGUUUUUCAAAUGUUCUUCUAUCAUGUGCUCAUCAGCCAAGAUUGGUUCUUCUCACGACUGUUUGGCAACUUGUUGUGGGUAGUUGCCAUCGGUUACUAUGUGUAUAUUACAUUUCUUGGCUAUACAUGUUUGCCAAUCCUACAAAGGAUGCAGGUACUGCUCUACCCCAUGGUGCCUGUACUGCUAAUCUUCAUAGUCUCUCUGGCCACUGGCUGGAAUGUUACUCAGACAGUCAUGGACUUUUACCAUUACAGAGUGGUGUAGGUAGUGUGUCAAUAACCACAAACUGAAUAUUGUACAUAUUGUUUUCUUUAUACAUAGAAUAUUUAUGCGACUACUAUACACUGUUUAUUUGUAAAUAAUA